AUGGUGAACAAUAUAGAACAUACCAAGAAGCGGAAAGCGUCCUCUUCUCCGCCUCUGUCUCCUGGGUCGUCCCGCGCUCACAAAUCAAAGAAGCAGAGGAUCUCUGGCUCUGAACCAUGUCUGUCGGGGAAGCAGCAGAAUGACAAUACAGGAUCUAAAACGGGGGACUUUGGCACAUCAAGGAAUGCAAAAGAGCAGAAAUCAGGGUCCAAAAAAUCGAAUAAAAAGGCUUCAGAUGAUGGGCCUUUCCUUUUUAUAACGGGCACAGUGGAUACGAUCAUUUAUACGCCCCCAAAGCGAAAGUGCUUGAGAGUAAACGAGCCGCUAGAAAGCCCGGCGGUGAAUACUUUGCAACCCCCGAAAUCGUCUACUUCAACCUUAGAUGAUCUCAAAGACAUAUCCACGCACAAACUAGGGAUGGCCAUAAAUACAAACACAUUGGAACCAAAUAUUCUUUAUGGAAAUGACUCGGUACAGAUACUAGGCAUACAGUCGGAAGGGCCUCCUCUUCGCCAUACUAUUAUCCCAAAAACUCAAGAUAUACAAGGUCGUGAGGAGCCCGAGCAUAUCGUUGUAGUUCCCGAAGCCCCAUCUGGGCCUGACUCACAAAAUCUUCCCGAGAAUACUACGGACAAACAGGACUCGCUUGAUGCAUCGCUGCAAACAUCGACACCACAGCGCAGCUGUAAUGAACAGUCACGAUUAAGAUCAAGCUCUAUCCAGGCUGAAACUCCUCUCGUUAAAGAAGCAAAUGUCCACGAAUCUCUUGCCGACGUUGAAAACACGAGUAGUGAUGAAAACGGAAGCAAAAACAUGCCUUUUGAAUCGGAGAGAACUGAACACGAAGCUUUGGUCGGUGCAACAAUGGAGAAAGUAAUAGAAAAAGGUGCAGAUGAACUGAUGGCUGUAUUCCUUUCUGCGAUGGAAGAUUCAAAGAAUAUUAGAGUCGAGAUGGUAGAAAAAGGCACACAAACUCUAAACCACGAGACGAUAAUCAGUCCGACCAAUGGCUCAAAUUCGAAUCCCAUAAUCCGACACACAACAGCCUCUGAUUCGACUGUCUACGCUCUCGAAAAAGAGCUUUCUAUGCUCAAGGAUAAGGUGGUUGUGAAGGAGCGAAAUGAAAUUUGGAUGCUCAAUCGAGUGAAGACUCUGCAAGACGCGUUGGAGCGGGUGAGAGAAGAGAUGAGGGUGUUGGAGGAAGAAAGGGAGGUUUUGCGAAACUUCAAGAAGGCAGAUACACUGGCAUAA